AAUAAAGAAACUUAACCUUAAAUAUCAUUUUGAUAUAAUUUUUAAAUUUUAAUAAAAAUGGAUAUUUUAAAUUCGAGAGAUCCAAAAGUCUUUAACCAACCCGAAUCGGUACGCAUUGGAAAUAAUCUUUUUCGUCGAUAUCCGGUAGAAAUGGCCCAUAAAUCUGAUAACCAACUUGGUCCUUACACAGACAACGAUGAUGAAAUGAUUAAUUGUGCUGAAUUAGAUGAUGAUGUGGAGAUAAAAGUAACAAAAAGUGGACAGUUUUUGACUAAAAUUCAUGUAGCCCCUUUCUUUUUUGGUUUUAUUAUCGGGACUCGUGGUUCUAAACGUAAAGAAAUUGAGAUGGAUACUAAUACGCGAAUUAAAAUACCUAAACAAGGCGAAACUGGGGAUAUUGUUAUAACGGGAUCUUCAGAAAGAGUUAUUUGCUCAGCAAGAUUACGAAUCAACUUAAUUGUUUUACAAAUGAGGGAAAAACACCAAGUUACUCAUUUUUUAUCGAUUCCGCUGGUUUCUGAUCAAAUAAACAAAAAUUUCGAAAUAUUUAAGAGUAAAUUAAUGAGUGGCCCUCCAUUAAGAGGUGUUGAAGAGAGUAUUUUUAUAUCGCCUCAAAAAUUACAUUUAACAUUAGCCACUUUUGUUUUAUUAGAUGAUUAUGAGAUUGAUAAUGCUGUUGGGGUCAUGCAUGAAUGUCAAUCGGAAAUUUUACAUUCACUAUUUAAGAACGCCCCACCACUAAAAAUAGUAAUGGAGGGUAUUGAAAUUAUGAAUGAUGAUCCCACUUCUGUAGAUGUUUUAUAUGGCAAAGUAAAAUUGGAUGUGCAAAAAUAUAAUUCGAGUUUACAAAAGAUGUCCGAUUUAUUAGUUGAUCAAUUUGCAAAGAAAGGUAUCAUUAGGAAACAAUAUGACAGUGUUAAGUUGCAUGCAACUUUAAUGAAUUCAAGAUAUCGUAACGCUAAAAUCAGUGAUGAACGAAAUAAUGGUAGAAGAGAACAGCGCGAAAGUUUUGACGCUUCUUUUAUUUUAGAUAAAUAUAAAAAUUUUUAUUUUGGUGAAGCUGAUUUUAAAGAAAUUCAUUUAUCAGUUCGUUUUACAACAGGUGAUGACAAAUAUUAUGAGUGUUGUAAGUUAAUUAACUUGUAAAAUUAAUUUUUUUUAAUUUGUAUUUUUGUUUUAAUAAAAAAAUCAUUUAAAAGAUUUU